AUGGCCACGAUUACACCUGGUAUCGAUGAGGAAACCGCCCCCAAACGUGAAAAUACCCGGCGCCGCAACCGUGCUAUCCAGUCAUGCCUCGAAUGUCGCCGACGCAAAAUGAAAUGCGAUAGGACAGACCCUUGUGGGAACUGUCGCACAUCGGAAUUACAAUGCAUCUAUAUCAAAUCUACCGUCACCGACGCUGAGUCCCGUCGAAAAUUAACUGAGGUAAAGGAGGCUAAGGAUGCAAUUGACGGUGCUCUUCGGGCGGAAUUUAACAAUCAACCUUCCAACACAAAGAAUGAAUCGCGACGGAAACGUACCAGACAGCCCGAAGAAGAUUCCAAGUACCAUUCGGAUACGUCUGACGACGGUGGGUAUUUGGAGCCCACGCCCCUUGCGGUUAAAGACGCUGCGUACACCGAUGGCGCAGAUGAUGAAACAGAAGAUUUGGGUAUUAGGAUUGGUCGAAUGCGGCUGGGAGAAAGGAUUGGUGGCUUGUAUCGUCCUAAAAUAGCGGACGAGAUUUUGAGCUCCCUUCAACACAGUUCGAGAGGAUCAUCUCCACUGGUAUCAUCGCCAGUGGCACCCGCCACGGCCUACGAGUCAAUGCAGAACAAGUCCUUUGAGACUCCUUCGGUCAAUCUAAUAUUCAAUCAAAUUCAUCGGCAUGAGCCCCUAAUACAGCAUAUUCCUCCUCGCCACAUCGCGGACCAGAUUCUCAAUCACUACUGGAGUACUGUUCACCCAGUGGCACGCAUCCUUCACCGACCUUCUUUUGCACAGCGAUAUGAGACGUGGUGGGAGUUAAUCGAAAACGGGCAUCUAGUACCUCCAUCUUUAGGAGCAAUUGUGUCUUCCGUUAUGUUCUCUGCUGUGAUCGCCAUGUCUGAAGCACGGGUGCUUGAAUUAUGUCACACUCCCCGAGAGGAGAUGAAGCGAACGCUGCAGAUUGACACAGAAACUGCCCUCAGUAAGGCUAAUAUCCUUCAAUCGACCAAGAUUGAAACCUUGCAGGCUUUUGUGGCGUAUCUGCUUCCAAUAUGUGUCGACGAGAUCUCUCGGUCACACUCCGUGUUGACAGGCAUGGCAAUCAGGUUAGCAGAGUGCAUGGGACUCCAUCGUGACCCGGCAGAGUAUGGAUUUUCACCAGCAGAGUGCCAGACUAGACGCCUCGUGUGGUAUCAAAUCUGCUACCUGGAUCUCAAGACGAGUGAGGCCCAGGGACCCCGAACAUUUAUCCACGAGGAUGGAUAUACCACACGGCUUCCACUGGAUGUACCAUCUUCCCGAUCGACAUCACUUGCUUAUAACGACUUGAUAUUCUCUACGAUUCGGUUUGAAUGCCAAGAGAUGCAUCGCCGGUGCUUGACGUUACGCAAUAGAGUCGAUCGGAAAAAAACUAGCCUCGCCAAGGCAAUUUCCAAAAUCGAAGCCUUUCGGAUCACAAUGGACGCCAAAUACGGUCCUUAUCUCAACACAUCCUCCCCGAGCCCAAUGCAAAAAAUGUCCAGUUUAGUGCUGAAGCUCUUCGUCAAUCUUCUCUACCUAGUACUUUUGUACCGCUACAUGAACAGUGUCACAUACAGAAUCCCUGACAGGUUACGCCAGAUUGUACUUGUCAAGGGCACCGAGGCUCUGGAAGCUGCGGUGGAACUAGAAUCAGCAGAAGAUCUCCAACAAUGGGCCUGGUAUAGUUCUUCAUACCAACAAUACCACACGGCAUUUCUUCUGCUGUUUGAGGUCUUCCAGUAUCCCAUGCGCAAGGAAGCAACCCGGAUAUGGCAGUGUCUGGAUUUCAUCUUUGCAGACACUCUCACAAACAUACCGCCUAUGAGUCCCGUUGAAUCUUCACCAACAAUACAGGAGAUUCUCGCCCAUCGAGAUAUGAAGGCGAGAUACUUGCUGACGGUUAUAUCCGAAAAGAUGCGCGCAUAUCAAAAAGCCAAGGGCUUGAAAUUACCCCUGGAGUUCAACGACUCAAUGAUUGUUAUUACACCUCAGAAGGAAGGCGACCACUCGGACCCCAAGAUGCCACUUAAUUACGCUCACGGGGAACCAGAAGCAGAGAGUCUUGCCCGUAAUCCCCCCGCCGUUGCUGAAAACUUGUCAUUCCCCCAUUAUCGAACAGACCCAGAGAUUGAGUUGCCUUCUACUCUGCCGACAAACACUGGCACCAGCUCCACCACUGACAUACCACAAGUUUUGGACAACGCAGCCAGUAUUUGGGCUUCUUCUGAGGAGUUAUCUCCGUGGAUUCGAUACGGUGAAUACGGCCUCAAUGGCGAUGGAGGCACAGUGUCACAUCCGGGUCAUCAAUGCAGUGAUGCCGCGACUACGGCUGCAAACGACAGCUUGCCAGCUACGCAGUAUGUAGAAAUACAGAACCCCGAGGAAAUAGACUCACAGAUGCUAGAGAUUGACUGGAACCUCUGGGAUUCAAUCUUCCCCCCGCAGGUCAAUGAUGGAAACUUGGACAUUUCUGAUGAUUACUUCAUGACUUCGCAUGGUGCCAUUGAUCCGACAUUUUACCUACCAGGGGCCUCGUCCUAGACCAAAAUAGC